AUGGAGAAAUUCUCCGGCAAACGCCGCGGCCGCGCCGCCGCAGCUGCCUUUUUCAUCCGCCACUGCCCCUUCUUCCUCUACGUCCUCCUCAUACCUCUCCUCUUCGCCGUCUGGUCGCUCCUCCUCCACUUCACCCACCUCCCCUCUCCUCCCCCUCCCAAUGACCGAUGCGCCAACCGCUAUAUCUACAUUCACAAUCUCCCCUCUCGCUUCAACACCGACCUCCUCCGCAACUGCCGCUCUCUAAGCCAAUGGACCGAUAUGUGCCUCUUUCUGUCCAACUCCGGCCUCGGCCCUCCCCUCCCUUCUUCCUCCAUCUUCCCCAGCUCCACCUGGUACUCCACCAACCAAUUCUCCCUCGACCUCAUCUUCCACCACCGCAUCAACCGCUAUCCUUGCCUUACCCUCAACUCAUCCCUCGCCUCCGCCAUCUUCGUCCCCUUCUACGCCGGCCUCGACAUAUCUCGCCACCUCUGGUCCGGCCCAGAGGCCGGCAACGUCUCUGUUCGAGACUCCUCCCUUCAUGACCUGACCCGAUGGCUCACUUCCCGGCCCGAAUGGGCCGUCAUGGGAGGGAGAGAUCAUUUCUUCGUCGCCGGAAGAAUUACUUGGGAUUUCCGCCGGUUGUCGGAGGGCGAGACCGAUUGGGGCAGCAAACUCCUCCUUUUACCCGCCCUUGCGAAUAUGACGGCUUUGGUGAUCGAGUCAAGCCCAUGGCACACGAACGACAUUGCCAUUCCGUAUCCGACUUACUUCCAUCCCGGUACGGACGCUGAUGUCACCACGUGGCAGGAUAGGGUGAUGCGGCUGCGGCGGCCGUUUCUCUUCUCUUUCGCCGGCGCUCCGCGGCCGAACCGAACCGACGAUAUCCGCGGCCGGCUCACGGAUCAGUGCCGCGGCUCAGAAAGAUGCGGGCUGCUGGAGUGCGGGUCCAGCGUUAGCCGGUGCCACUCGCCGGAAAGCGUGAUGAAACUAUUUGAGAGCUCGGUGUUUUGUCUCCAGCCACAAGGGGAUUCGUACACCAGACGUUCAGCCUUCGACGCCAUGGUGGCCGGCUGCAUUCCGGUCUUCUUCCACCCAGGCUCCGCAUACGUGCAAUACUUCUGGCAUUUGCCGAAGAACUACAGCUCCUACUCUGUAUUUAUACCGGAGAAAGAGGUGAGAGAGGGGAAGGUGAAGGUUGAGGACAUUCUGUCAAAGUUUGGGGAGGAGAAAGUGAGGGCAAUGAGAGAACAAGUGGUGAGAUUGAUUCCAAGAUUGGUCUAUGGGGAUCCGAGAGGGAAGAUGGAGAGUGUGAAGGAUGCGUUUGAUGUGGCUGUGGAAGGGGUGAUUGAGAGAGUGGAGAGGAGGAGGAGGAGGAUGGAUGAUCAGAUGAGGCUUUGGUCUGUUGACGUUGAUGAAGAGGAGGAAAGCUGGCAGUUUUAUUUGGGUGGUAGAGGGAAGCAUGAGUGGGAUUAUUUCUUUUCUUCAGCAAGUAUGUAA